GUGUUUGUGGUUUUGCAAUGAUAUGGUCUUCUGUAAUUGCUAACCAACGCAUAAUCGACAAUGCUAGAGUCAACGGCAACUAGAGUAGUGAAAGACAUGACGUUGGUUUUACCAGAAACAAAAUUAGGGCAUGAGAGAGUGGUGUUGUCCUCAAAGGAGUCAAUACCGUUUCGUACCGGCCGGUAUGGCCGGUACGUACCAGUUUUGAAGGCCGCCGUCGCCUCGGAACCAGUAGGAGAGCCGCGGUGGGCGUCAGAUCUGGCAGCCCUCGCGCGCACCGCCACAGAUCCGCCGGAGGAGAAAGAAGGCCGCCGGAUCUGCACCGAACAAAGCAAAAAACAGCAAACAAACAAAGCAAACCAACAUAUAAACAAAAAAACCAAAAAAAUCCACACAACAAAAAACAAAGCCAGAUCAGCAAGGGGAUGGUGAAGAUCCGAGGUGAAAGAAUGGAGGUGAUGGUGGUGAUGGUGGAUCUGCAGAAGGGAGAAAAAUCAAGGCUUUUUUCUCUGUUUUCUCCUUUUUUUUUUCCUUUUUUUUUUUGGGUUUGGCAACUUUGGCUGCUUUGGCAGCCGCACCGUCCCUCCUCCCUUUCCCUUUAAAAGAGAAAAAGAGAGGAAACUAGGUUUUGUUAAGUUUGGGUUUUCAUGGGCUGCUCAAUAUUGGGCUGGGCUUAUGAGUUUGUUUUAAUAAAUUUCAUCCUCAGCU